GUAAUGCAACCUCAGCAUGUCAGCGGGGAAAUAAAGGAGGACGAGAAGGCGCGCCUCCCAGACGCAGAGUAGCUUGUGAUUGGCUCGGGCUGCGGAACCUCGGAAACCCGAAUGUGAGGACCUUACCGAUCCCCGGCUGCCGCCCCCCGCAGAAAUCCGGAGCGUGGUCACGAUCCAAGUGGCGGUGGCGGAGGCGGCGGCGGCAGGUACAGAAAACGUUUUUCCAAAGAAAAUAAUAUAGUUCAGAAGGAAAAAUAAAAAGAUUGCUGCACAUUUCAUUUUAUGAUAUGUAAGAAAAUCUACACUUUCUUCAAGGCUCUAUACUAAGAAACAGAAUAAUCUUGCCUGAAACAUUGAUACACAGAAAUAUCACCUACAGCUACAGGAUUUUUGUACACAUGACUCAAAUGUUGACAGAGGUCACUCGGUGGGACUCUCCCGCCUCUUGUACAUCUAUAGAACUUUAAGGCAAGAAAAAAAUCUUAGUGAUCUCCUCUACUUAAGAAUACAGUUAUUUUAUGGAAGCUUGCUAAAACGGCCAUUAGUGAUGUAACCUCAUCUUUCGUGCAGUAUAGCCUUGUUUAUUAAACACUCCUAUCUAAAAAAUGAGAUAUGUGGCUUAGAAAAUACACAGAUUUUUGGUUAAUUUACUUAGAAUCUUAUCUUCAAAAGGAAAAUACACAUAAAUAAUGAUAAGAAAUACGUCGAAUGCCAACAUCUGACUUUGGGUUUCCUACUAUGUGGUGAUCUUAGAUAUAGGGUAAGUCAUUUGAAAUGAAAUAUGUUGAUCCCUCGCUUUCAAAAUUAGUAUGAGGCUAGCGUGACUUUAUUAAUCAUUCAUGAAAAAAUGUUGUGCCAUUACGAGUAAACUAUAUUCUGUACGAAACAAUGUGCUAAAAUGUUGGUAUGUGAUUGAUCUUAUCUCUACCAUAUUUAGGAAGCAGUCAUGUUUCAUGAGUCCUCAAAACUGUGAGACAAGAGAAUGUAGUAGAGUGAGCUCAGAAGUCCUUACUGACUCAAAGAACUCCAGGGAGACUGGGAUAGAACAUUUUACAUUAUAAGUAGAACCCCCGGAGCCAGAGGUGAAACACGUUUAUCCGCUGCAGGGCUGAUCUGGGUCUGGAAGAAAUGGAUGAGAGCCACUGGAUGAAAUUCACUAAUACUAGACACCUGAGUUCUCUAAGAUUUGUGAAUGAACUUUGCUAAGUAUGGAUUCAGGUGGAGGAAGUCUUGGAUUGCACACAUCAGACUCUAGAAUGGCCCAUACCAUGAUUAUGCAGGAUUUUGUGGCUGGAAUGGCUGGUACUGCACAUAUCGAUGGAGACCACAUUGUUGUUUCGGUUCCUGAGGCUGUGUUAGUUUCUGACGUUGUCACAGAUGAUGGGAUAACUCUCGAUCAUGGCCUUGCAGCUGAAGUUGUCCAUGGGCCCGACAUUAUCACUGAGACUGAUGUAGUGACAGAGGGCGUAAUUGUUCCCGAAGCUGUCCUUGAAGCUGAUGUCGCCAUUGAAGAAGAUUUGGAGGAAGAUGAUGGUGAUCACAUCCUGACUUCAGAACUAAUCACAGAAACCGUGAGAGUACCUGAGCAGGUGUUUGUGGCUGACCUUGUUACUGGUCCUGAUGGACACUUAGAACAUGUGGUCCAAGAUUGUGUUUCAGGAGUUGACUCUCCCACCAUGGUGUCAGAGGAAGUUCUUGUAACUAAUUCAGAUACAGAAACUGUGAUCCAAACAGCCGGUGGUGUUCCUGGGUCUACAGUUACUAUUAAAACCGAAGAUGAUGAUGAUGAGGAUGAUGAUGAUGAUGUCAAGAGCACUUCUGAAGACUACUUAAUGAUAUCAUUGGAUGACGUCGGGGAAAAACUGGAGCAUAUGGGAAACACACCAUUAAAAAUUGGCAGUGAUGGUUCACAAGAAGAUGUUAAAGAAGAUGGAUUUGGUUCAGAAGUAAUAAAAGUGUACAUAUUUAAAGCUGAGGCUGAAGAUGAUGUUGAAAUAGGCGGAACAGAAAUUGUCACAGAGAGUGAAUACACCAAUGGCCACUCUGUAGCUGGAGUGCUUGACCAGAGCCGAAUGCAGCGGGAGAAGAUGGUGUAUAUGGCAGUUAAGGAUUCCUCUCAAGAAGAAGAUGAUAUCAGAGAUGAAAGGAGAGUUUCUCGAAGGUAUGAAGAUUGUCAAGCAACAGGAAAUACUUUGGACUCAGCAUUAGAAAACAGAAACAGUACAACAGCACAGUACCUUCAAAUUUGUGAUAGCAUUAAUACAAAUAAAGUACUUAAACAAAAGGCCAAGAAGAGGAGAAGGGGAGAAACGAGGCAGUGGCAAACAGCUGUCAUAAUAGGCCCAGACGGACAGCCCCUGACAGUGUACCCUUGCCAUAUUUGCACAAAAAAGUUUAAAUCAAGGGGAUUCUUGAAGAGACACAUGAAGAAUCAUCCUGAUCAUUUGAUGAGAAAAAAAUACCAGUGCACAGAUUGUGACUUUACAACUAACAAGAAAGUGAGUUUCCAUAACCACUUGGAAAGCCAUAAGCUCAUAAACAAAGUCGACAAAACCCAUGAAUUUACAGAAUAUACACGAAGAUACAGAGAAGCUAGUCCACUGAGUUCAAAUAAACUUAUAUUAAGAGACAAGGAGCCGAAGAUGCACAAGUGCAAAUACUGUGACUAUGAGACUGCAGAACAAGGACUAUUAAACAGACAUUUACUGGCUGUCCACAGCAAGAAUUUUCCUCACGUUUGUGUUGAGUGUGGGAAGGGCUUUCGACAUCCUUCAGAACUCAAAAAGCAUAUGAGAACCCACACUGGUGAGAAGCCAUAUCAGUGUCAGUAUUGUGUUUUCAGGUGUGCAGAUCAAUCAAAUCUGAAAACUCACAUUAAGUCUAAGCAUGGUAACAAUUUGCCAUACAAAUGUGAGCAUUGCCCCCAAGCAUUUGGUGAUGAGAGGGAGCUUCAGCGCCACCUGGAUUUGUUUCAAGGACAUAAGACACACCAGUGUCCUCAUUGUGACCAUAAGAGCACCAACUCAAGUGACCUUAAGCGGCACAUCAUAUCUGUCCACACUAAGGAUUUCCCUCACAAGUGUGAGGUGUGUGAUAAAGGUUUCCAUCGCCCUUCUGAGCUCAAGAAGCAUAGCGAUAUCCAUAAGGGGAGGAAGAUUCACCAGUGUAGGCACUGUGACUUUAAAACCUCAGAUCCAUUCAUUCUUAGUGGUCACAUCCUUUCCGUUCACACUAAGGAUCAGUCAUUGAAGUGCAAAAGGUGCAAGAGAGGGUUCCGGCAGCAAAAUGAGCUCAAGAAGCACAUGAAGACCCACACUGGAAGGAAGAUUUACCAAUGUGAGUAUUGCGAGUACAGUACCACCGACGCAUCUGGCUUUAAACGACACGUGAUAUCGAUCCAUACAAAAGACUAUCCACACAGGUGUGAAUUCUGCAAGAAGGGAUUCCGAAGACCAUCGGAAAAGAAUCAGCAUAUUAUGAGGCACCACAAGGAGGCGCUUAUGUAAUGAGACCAACGUACAAAAGAAGCUAUUUGGGAAAAAAAGAAGUGCCAGGAAAAUUUCACAGACUCUUUCAUCUGGUUACAAACUUGAUAUUAAGUCAUAACUUUACAUUCUUUGUAUUAAAGAUAUUUGAAUUGACAGGGGAUCUCAUGGCCCUUUGAAAAUUACUUAAAGAAUUUAAGAAACACCAUGGAAUGGUUGUAGAAAAACCUAUCGUGUCGAUUCAGUAGGAUUAUAUGCAUAGACUACAGAGGGGAAGAGCAAAGACAGUGACUUUACUUGGCUGAUCAUACCAGAGAUAUGAUUCUGAAAAAAAUCAUGCUUAAUUGAGGAGUUGAGCAGUGAUUUGCUAUGACAAGCCAGUCUUACUUCUAUGGAAUGUUAGCAAUGAAAUGGGAAAUAAAAUGCAGUCGUCCAUCAGUCAGUAAUCAUUGAGCCCUUUGUGUGGUACCUGGAAAUUAAAUUCCAGAAAUCCAAGUUCAUGUAUUCAAAUAAAUUUCACUGGCAAAACAGGUUAGAUUAACUCAAUGCUAUUCAAAAGAAUUUCAGAACUGCCAACAUUUUUACCACAGGGCAGGAUGUUUGAAAUACAGCACUCUGUGUUAAAGUCUAAGGUGAAGUCUAAGGAUUACAGUUCCCCUUUUCCCGAUGUUCGAGUUGAUUGUUGUUCUGUAUGGCAUAUAUAACAAAAGUAUAUUUGAGUCAAAUAUGGCUUUCUAAAACGGAUGCAACCAGUAGUGUUGCAAACAAAGUUAGCACUAUAUUUCUUAAUGAUCUAAAGAUUAAAUUGAGAGAACACAGUUUUCUUAAAUAUUAUAAUGUUUAGAAGGUUUUUUUAGGACAGUCUUAGCAAGUAUGAUGGUUCUAGUCUUACUUGCUCUAAUGUUUAAAGGUGCAAUUUUAUGCCAUUAUUGGAAUUUUUGAUUUUUAAAAUCUAUAUACCAUAUAAUUAACAUGGAUUUUCAAUAUGAGGCAGUGUUUAUGCAGUAUUUAACAAAACACUGUGCUGCCAAUAGAGUUCAGAGGUGGAUAUUCAGUUUACAGUGUAUAAAUUUAAAAUAUGCAUCCCUUUAACAACGCUUUGUGUUAGCAUGCUGCAAAUCAAAAUGGCGCUUAAUAUUAAAAGCUGGUUUAGGGAAAUUUAAUGAAAUCCUGUUCAUAAAUGUAAUGCAUAUGAUGUGUACUUUUAAGUUUUAGUUGCUUCAUGUUUCCACUCAGCUGUUCAACAUAAUUAAAAUGUAAUUUUACUUCACACUAUAUUGUGGCUUUGUGUUUUAACUAAUGUUCACCUUUCUGUUUUUGCACCAGAUAAGAAUCAGUUCCUUGAGAAUAAAUUUUUUAUCUUUCUUAACUUCAGAAUAUUAAAUUUGGAAAAUCUAAAAUCGUGUGUUAUGUGGCUGUAAAUGAUGUACACGCUGUAAAAUAAGAUUGUCAAUGUUACGUGGGAUUAUUAUUUCUAAAUGUUACUCAUUGAAAUGAGCAUACAAUAAAAAGCAUUUAUUGCA